GCCGAGUUAACUACAAGAACCCUCGGUAUCUUUUGUGAUUGUAUCGAUAUUUUGAUACAGGAACACGAACCAACAAAGACAGUGUUUGAAAUAAUAAGAUCACGAAUGGUACAAUUUGUAGAAAUACUAAGAGAAAAGUCAAAAGGCGAGGGUGACGUGGCACAGACUGGAAGCUCGUAUGAUGGCCUUCAUUUAAGCAGACUGCUACAACUAUCGUCUGGAAAACAUGUUUUUUAUCCACCAAUCGAUUUCGAUUUCAUGAUGACGUAUGUUAAGUACAAAAUUCUUGACAAGUCUGAUGACAAAUCAGGAGCAAACGAAGUGAAAUCGUUGGUGGAAACUUCUCAAGAUUUCGCUAUCAUGGUUCCUUCUUCAUAUCCAGGGUAUGUUAAAUUACUUAUCACUGAAAAUGGAAAACAGCUUAUCAAAAAGCCAAAGUGCGAAUUUGAGAAAUAUAUUACGGAAGACGGUUACAUUCCGAACUUUGUUUUUAAAACAAAAUUGUUUCCAGGGCAAUAUGAUAAGGUCGAGGUUCUCUAUCAACGCGAAAAUGCUAAAUACGUCACAUCCGGUCCAGCGUUGUCAGACUACAGUCAUGAAUCGGAUGGAUAUUCCUACGACUUUGUUCAUUCUUUUCCAUGCUUAACAUGGCCUAAUGUAGCUAUUAACUGGACCCGUCGAACAAAGCCAACAGGAUGGCCAUCAAACGAACUGAUCAGGGAAAUAACCAAAGAUGGAUGUGGCGUUGUUCCUAUUGGGCAUCACCUAAGUGGAGAGGCCGAUCUAGAGUGGAGAAUUUCCUACAAUUCUGCAGAAAGAAAGUUAUCUCGUUCACUGUCUCCAAGACAACGAUCUUGCUAUUCAUUGGUGAAAUUCCUAUUGAAAACGGGACUUAGCCAGACUGCUAUUCUGACGUCAUACCAUGUCAAAAAUAUCAUGUUUUGGUAUUGUGAGCAAAUGUAUGGAGUUGACGAGUGGACGGAGGAGUUGCAAGGACAGCGAAUUCUUGAUUUUAUUGACUAUAUAAUAAAAUGUCUGGCUAAUUACAACAUUCCUCAAUAUUUCCAUCCUCCAAAUAAUCUCAUAGUACACAGAUCCAAGGACGACAUAGACAAGACACAAAAAGAAGUCGUCCUAGUGAAGGAAAGAAUUUUUCAUACCUUUGUUCUGACGUUAUGCAAGCAACAGUUUUUUGACAAAAUGAAAGGGGUGUCUGAACGCGGGGAAGUAGAAAACAUGCUUCUACUGUAUACAACGUUUGUACAAACUUUAUAUAAGCUUGGAUUUAUGAAUAUUCAGCAGCCAAUCGCCGAGAGAUGUUUUUAUAAUGUUGUUUCUCUCAACAGAAGUGUUCGAUCACUUGUAAAGGUUGCUUCUCCUGCCUACUCUGCGCAGUCCGUACCCGAAUUGCUCAAAUCAUUUGGUUUGGCAUACACCCGUGCUGGAGAGACGGAAAAUGCUUUAGCCGUUUAUGAAAUCAUGGUACGUACUGACAAAACAACAGUAGAAUCACAAUAUCCAGAGGUUUAUACAAACAUCGGUUGUUUAUACAAUUUGAAAUACAGCACCUCAACAAAAGAAAAUGACAAGAGUACUUUUCUAUCACGGAGUGAAGACUAUUUUCAGAAAGCAUUAGGACUGAUAAAUGACUCUCCAAGCCUACACACAGCGUACGGAUGUUUUCUGCUGUUCUCGAAAUCCAAUCCGAAACUGGCAAUUGAACAAUUUCAGGCAUCCCUUGCUAUUUCAAAACCGCGAACAGAGGACGAUAUGAUUGUACAGCUUGAGUUACCUAGUCGGUCAGAAGUUAAGCCAUUAAAGUCAAAUAUGGCGGGAAAAGUUGCUUCCUGCUAUUUGAUCUGUGAUUGCAUGAUUAAGGCAGACGAUAUUUACGAAGCAAGACGAGUUGCGUCGUUACUAGAGAAGAUUGUUAAAACAUCUCCAAUGAAACAAAAACAAUCUGAUUUGCAAAUUUGUUCCCUUGUUUAUGAAAAAUGUGGUUUGCACGUGAAAGCAGAAUUGGUUAAGAACGAAUCAACUAGGUACGCUGGCAUGUAGCCGGUGAGGAAAAUCGAUAUGACGUCAAAGCUUACUCUAUUACGUCCCAGCCCCAGGAUCGUGAUAAAGAUAUAUAUAGACUUAAGUAAAAUUUUCAACCGGCUGUAAAAUGUUUAUUAAUUAUUGAAUUAAUAUCUAAAUUUGCAGAUAACAACACUUUUGUGAAGCAAUAUUGAAAAAAAAAAAAAUUUAAGUUUCUACAAACUGCAUUGAUUGAUUUUGAAGUUUGUCUCUGUAACGGUCAUAAUGGGACCACUGUUUUUGAACUCUACGGAGACAAUUUGCAUGUAACCCUUGAGGAGACAAUUUGCAUGUAAUCCUUGACAAGGACCGUUAUUUAACGUACUCAUCCAAUGUACCACAAAUUAAAAAACGCAUGUAAAUGUAAAUAUACACAAUUAAACAAAAUACACUCAACUAUAUGUAAAUAUAUACAAUUAAGCAUUAUGUACUCAGUAAGAGGUAAAUAUACACAACGAUAUGUUAUUGUUAAAACGUGCACGUAUACAAACAAACACUUAUAUAUAAAUUUGUGGAAUCGUUGUUAUAUAGAUGCUAUAUGUUAACAUAUGUUAAUUGUUAUAUAGACAUGCAGAGAACAAAUAACCAGUUUUCUAAAUGUUAUGGGUCUAGUCACAAUAUCUACACAUAAUGAUACUACUUUCAUAAAUGCAUUUCAACACAUGUCUCUUGUAAAUAAUAUAAGCAACACAAAACAACAAUUGCUUUUUUAAAUCAUAUUUCAUAAAUAAAUUGAAUGUUUGUGUCA